GGGUAGAUAUGCUCGUAUUUGCGCUGCUAAUCUAUCUCUUCUGCACAACAGCAUGGCACUCAAUGAUACCACUAGUGGCUCCAGCCAUUCUUCUACCUGAGUACCCGAUCAAAUUGUCCGCAGUUGGAUUUGAACGAGCUCUGCAAAGACACUCAUUCAAAGGUUUAGUGCAUGAAACGCCAUCUUUACAAGUAACGCCACCAAGGGAUAUAACAUCUGAAGUGCCAUCAGGAGAAAUCAAAGAAGGAGAACCACCAGGAAGAGGACCACAAGGAGAAAUGCCAGCGGAAGAAGAACCCCGAGGUGGAGAGCCAUCAGAACAUGAACCACCAGGGGAAGGACCAUCAGGAGAAAUGCCAGUGGAAGACGAAACACCAGGAGGGCCACAAGGACAAGAACCGCCAGGGAGGCUCUCUAAGGAAACGCCACGAGACCAAAGUUCAUCAAAGAAGAAACCGCCGGAACGAAUAUCAUCAGUUUCACCAGAAAGAAGACCAAAAAAAAAGUCUCUAUCAAGAAAGGUAAGAUCACUGAAAAAAAAUCGACAAAAGAAAGAAGGUCCAGAAAACAAAUUGUCAUGGAUACGAAACCAACAUCGAACAGAAAGACUAGGAAAGGAAUUGCCACCAGGAAAGUCAUCGAGGAAAAUAUCACCAGAGAAAAGGUUAACGAAGGAAAUGCAACGGAAACGCAACUCAGAAUUUCCGAAAAAGUUUCGAGGGAACCAAUCAAGGAUGCCACCAAAGAAAAUGUUACCAGAAGGAAACAGUCCAUCAGUGAAGCAAACGAGGGCAUUGUCGCCAAGGAAACGUUCACCAACGAUAAGUUCACGGGAACGACCAUCAGGAAAAAGGCAGCGCAAACCACCAAAAGCAGCUCCAUUAGGGAGAAGAACAGGAAAUGGUGCAUCAUUAGGAGGAAUGCCAUCAGGAGGAGGACCGUUAGGUGGAGAGCCACCACGAAGGGUUACACCAAGAGAAAAGGCCGGCAUGGGGGAAGAUUCUAGAAAGAGGAUUAUAAGGGGGCGCGGAAGGCGAAAGGUCAUCGAAAAGAUUCCCGCAACAGAUUAUGAUAGUGAGAAGAGAAUGGGAAAUGCUGGCAGGAGGACUUUGGGUGGAAGGAAACCAUCACGAAGAGUGGAAUCGAUACGAAACUUUUCACAAAGAGGAUACAUGCUAUCGAAAAGAAAGCAAUCAUAUAGCAAACUACCAUUAGGACAAACCCAACGUGGGAGAAUGCCACCAAGAGGAGGCAGCAAUAGCAGAGCUACAAAAAAGUUCUCCAAUAGAGGAGUCCCAGAAACACCGCUUGGAGUAGUCCCAUCAAAAAUACAAGGUAUAGUUUUAGAGGAAGUCCGUGGAUGA